AUGCCCAGGGAAUUUAGGAUGGGACAUGACAAGUGCGAUGGCAGCAAUGAGGCUAGUGGCAGGAACUACUGCCCUGUAGAGGGGGACAAUGAGAAUAACAAGAGCAAUUAUCCACACGACCAUGGACCACCACUUCGCACAAAGACGGACUUGGACAACAAGAGCCAGCUUGCUGCCGGCACGCGUGUUCAUACGGGGAAUAUCGUUUGGGAUUCGCAUAUCCCAUCUCAACAAGAAAGAUUGGCCUCACGAAAGUCAUCAAGGAUACCGCCAUCUGGGCUGACCAAGCUACGAAGCUGA